GAUCAGAUUCGUGAAAUGUGCAUAUUCUUGUUGAAUAAUUUCACUCUUCCACCCGAUAAAGCCCUAGCUGUGUAUAUUCAGUCCCCUGGAUCUCAGUUUCUCUUCUGCGGUGCCGUAACCCUAGCCAGGCCCUCGGCGGUGCUAUCUCUUCCAUGGCCGGAGCCUGGUGGUCAGAUGCAACUCAUAGCGGCCGAUUCGGCUCCUAUCUCGGCUAAAAUUGGAGUCUCCGUCGAGGAUUUGGCUUCCCUGCAAUCGCUUGAUGUCACAGCCGGAAAAAGAAUCGAGCGUCUAGCCCUAAAAGUUGGUGAGAAUCUGUUCAAUUUCAUGCAAUCUUUCUGCGGUGUUGAUGGUUCGAAGUUGGUUGUGCCAAUGGAUAUCUUGGACAGAUGG